AUGGACAGGUUCUACAACCAACAGCGGCUUCGCAAAAGCGGUGGUAGCAGCUUGAGCUCAGUCGGUUCUGGCUCGCCCGUGGGACGGCACCAGCCGACCCGUCCUCCAACGGCCGCCAACAGCAUCUCGGCCGCCUCCACAUCGACGCUGCUCACCGCUAGUUCGUCGUCCGAACGUACCCGCAACUUUUCCACAGACAGCAGGCCGCGCACGCCGCCAUCAACGAGGCCAUCGAUGCAGUCAGGCGAACAAGACGAGUAUCCCGAGGAUCAUCCGAGCCCGACCUCCGAUGAAGUGAACGAGGCCGUCUGGGCGGGAGGGUCCGACUCAGACGACGGAUCGGACAGCGACCCGACGCCGGGUCAGAGUCUCCGGGCGGUAACACAUAGUAGUUCCAGCAAAUCAAAGAUCAAGACGGGUAAAUCGUCCAUCUUCCAGUCCAUCUUCAACAAGUUCGCCAAAACCGGAAAGCGCUUCGGUUUCGUGCCAAAUACCAAGGAAGAACAAGACAGAAAUGUCCUCCAACACCAGAUCAUUGCCGAACUCUUCGACCACAGACUCCACUUGGCCCCAGUCGUCAAGGCCAGGGCCGCCCUCGACGUAGGCACGGGGCCAGGGCUAUGGGCAUUAUUGACCGCCGCAACAGCAAAGAAGAACCCAAAUUGUGCCGUGAUGGGCGUCGAUAUUGAGAAAGUGCGCCCUCCGUAUAAUGUGUCCAACUGUCAGUUCAAGGUCAUGGAUAUAACUACCGACUGGAACAUCGGCAGACAUUUCGACUUCAUCCAUGUUCGUAUGCUGGGCGAUAUCGUGGAAAAGGAAAAGUUCGUCGACUCCAUCUAUCGCCACCUCAACCCUGGGGGCUGGGUCGAGUUCAGCGAAUGGAUCGCGAUCCUCGUAUCCCCAGAUCACUCACUAGAGGGGACAGCAUUUCACAAGUGGAACAUGCUUCUUCAACAGGGUCUUCAAAAUAUGGGCCGCUCCAUGCACUACGUCUCGCAAUAUCAGCCCAUCUUGGAGAAGUCAGGGUUUGAGAGGAUGAAGUUGACAAAGCACGCUGCGCCUACGAACGCGUGCUACCCGGGUAAGAAGUGUCAGCGGUUCGGUACCAUGAUGUCCAGUAACUGGAAUGCCAUCAUCGAGCCGCUAAGUGUCCCUGUUUUUACUAUUGGUCUAGGCUGGUCCGAGGCCCAGGUUCUUGCAUUGGUUAAGAAGGUCCGCAAGGAGAUUGAUGAUACAAACUACCAUUCGUUCAUGACGCUGUAA